GAGGCCCCGCGGCCGCGGGGGAUGCCGGGACGGAGGCGGGAGAGUCGAAGCCGCGGUGGCCGCCAUGGAGGAGAAGCUGGAGCGGGUUACUCUGUGGCUGAAGAAAAAGUAUGGCAAUGAGCCUAUUCCAGAGUACAAAGUGAAUGAAGGGACAGUUGAUACCUUGUAUGAUCUUGCAGAAUGCGAUGAAGCUAGGGAGAAGAAUCUUUCUUUACUGGUAGGGGACAUGAAACAGAUGGCAGCAGAAUAUGAAGCAAAGGCUAAGUAUCUAGAGAGCGUUCUCAGAGAAAGUCUGCAUCUUUCCCCAUCUAGUCUGUCCAGUGAAGCCGUCAGUGAUCUCAAUAUUCUGGUAGACUCUGCAAUGACACUUGACACAAAGGACACGUCUCUUACCAGCUUCUUUGUGGCCAUCAAUGAUGUGACUUUGGAACUGUACACAACGGAAUCAAAAAACAAAGAAAUGGAACAGGAGUUGAUUCAGAUGAAGAAAAAACUAAUUAAAGCGCUGUUGAUGGAAAAGCGGUUAGAUGAGGAUAUUAAAAAAGCAGAGGAAAUUCUGGAGUUAGAAAAGUACAGAGAAGAGAGCCACUCUUGGAAGUUGAAGUUCAUUGCAAGUAAAUCUGAGGAAUUAAAAGUCAAUAUCAAGGCUGCUGAGGAGCAGCUCACUGCCACAGGGUUGGACCAGUCGCUGACACACGAGUCACUCUUCAGUCUGUCUCAGGGAGUGGCACGAAUGAAGGAGGAAAUGGUGCCUGUUAAGAAAGAACUGGAAGCCUACUGUGAUUUAGCUCCUAAUCCUACCCUUGCACAAGUGAAAAUUGAAGAAGUAAAACGAGAGCUGGAAGCCUUGGAGGCAGAGUUCUCAGAGUGUAUUGAAGGCCUGACUCUUGAGAUGGCAUAAGCCCAGCAGAUUCAAGCCUACCUGAAGUUCCCUGUGUGGAAGAUUUCCCUUCUGUUGUCUAUACAUUUGCACUACUUAAACCUUUUGAACUUCUUGCUGAACUUGCGUGGCUUUCUGCCUUACUCUUCUUGCUGUUGUGUGGCAUGCUCGUGACCUAACAGCAAGCAUGCUCAUGUAGCCUUGCGUUUUUUAACUUCACCUGUUUUUAAGAAGAUAACCUCCAGACUUACUGUUUCCUUUAUCAGUUAUUUUCCCGUAUGCGAUGCGCACCUGUAACUGGCCUCCAGGACGGCACCUUGACCAGGAUGUGUCCCCGUCAGGAUUUGGUUGACCAUUACAAAUUAGAAUUGAACUGAUCAGGGGGUCUGGUUCUUCUUCUUUUUCCCCAUCCAGGCUCUGGAUUUUGCUUUUUCCUGCAGUCCUCUGUUUGCUGGUGCAAGUAUGGUGAUGACAGACUCUCUUUACAUCUACUGGCUUUUGCUUCUUUGUUUUGUUUUUUCUUGUCAUUUCAGGGUUGGGGACACACGAUUUAUUUUUUUUUUCUGUUAGGAACAUGUCUGAUGUUCUAUGAAUAAUUGUAUGAUUCUAUGUUUACCAAGUUUGUUCUAGACUCAUGCGUAGAGUGCUUCUUAGUUGAAGCAUUUUCUUUGAACAGAAGUGAACAGUUAAAUUUCUCCUUAAUGUCUUCAGCAGGGAUUUGAUAUUUUAAUCAAAGUGAACAAUAAAGAAAUGGUGACGUAGGGCUCGGAA